CUUCCGGGAAGGGGCGGAAGAGGCGGGGUGGCAGAGGCGGGGUCGAGAUGGCGGCGCCUUUGAGGAUCCAGAGCGACUGGGCCCAAGCUCUCAGGAAAGAUGAAGGGGAGGCCUGGCUAAGCUGUCAUCCCCCAGGGAAACCAUCUUUGUAUGGCAGCCUAACUUGUCAAGGAAUUGGCCUAGAUGGUAUCCCAGAGAUUACAGCUUCAGAAGGAUUUAUUGUGAAUGAAGUAAACAAGAAAAGUAUUCAUAUUUCAUGUCCAAAGGAAAGUGCAUCAUCCAAGUUUUUGGCACCAUAUACUACUUUUUCCAGAAUUCAUACAAAGAGUAUAACAUGCCUGGAUAUUUCCAGUGGAGGAGGCCUUGGUGUAUCUUCUAGUACUGAUGGGAGCAUGAAGAUCUGGCAGGCUUCCAAUGGAGAACUCAGAAGAGUAUUGGAAGGACAUGUGUUUGAUGUGAAUUGUUGCAGGUUUUUCCCAUCAGGCCUUGUGGUUCUGAGUGGGGGAAUGGAUGCCCAGCUGAAGAUCUGGUCAGCUGAAGAUGCUAGCUGUGUGGUAACCCUCAAAGGUCACAAAGGAGGUAUCCUAGAUACAGCCAUUGUUGAUCGGGGCAGGAAUGUGGUGUCUGGUUCUCGAGAUGGGACAGCACGCCUUUGGGAUUGUGGGCGCUCAGCCUGCUUAGGAGUCAUUGCAGACUGUGGUUCUUCCAUCAAUGGAGUGGCGGUGGGUGCUGCUGACAACUCCAUAAACCUUGGCUCUCCUGAGCAGAUGCCCAGUGAACGAGAGGUUGGAACAGAGGCAAAAAUGCUGGUGGUGGCCCGGGAAGAUAAGAAGCUUCAGUGCUUGGGACUACAGAGCAGGCAGCCGGUGUUCCUCUUUGUUGGCUCAGAUGCCUUCAACUGCUGUACUUUUCUCUCUGGCUUCUUGCUGUUGGCUGGGACACAAGAUGGAAACAUUUAUCAACUUGAUGUGAGGAGUCCAAGGACUCCAGUGCAAGUCAUCCAUAGAUCAGGAGCACCAGUUCUGUCCCUGUUGAGUUUCAGAGAUGGAUUCAUUGCUAGCCAAGGUGAUGGAAGCUGUUUCAUUGUCCAACAAGACUUAGACUAUGUCAUUGAGCUCACUGGUGCUGACUGUGACGCUGUGUACAAGGUAGCCACAUGGGAGAAGCAGAUCUACACGUGUUGUCGAGAUGGUCUUGUGCGACGCUAUCAACUUUCUGACUUCUGAUCUCUUGGAAAGAGGAGUCCCAAAUGUUUGACCCUGAUCAAGAAUGAGCAGAAACAUCUUAGUCUUUACCAAGGACCAUGGCCCUUAGUGUCUUGGAAAUUACAGUCAGCUGUACUGGCCCACAUGGAACUAUCCCUAGACCUACUUUGAACUGUGUAAGAUGCUCAUCUGUGUUACUGCAUUCUGCCAACUCUCUUUGUAUAAACUCACCCCAGCAACACAGGGCAAGGAUAUGGAUGUUUCCAGUUUGUUCUUAUACCAAUUGUAUUAAACGUUUACAAGGACCAGAGGACUAUAAAAGCUGUUCUCUGGAAGAAAUAAAAUAUGUUUAGAGGUACC